AUGACAAAAGUGAGUGACAAAAUGCAAGGUGAGAUUUUCAAAUAUACAUACGAUGAGAAAUUGAAGAAGGAGAUCGUUGUGCUUAAGAAGGAGCAAAUAUUUAAUGAUGUGAAACAUUUUAGAGAAGUUAUGCAAGAAUUUGUCCGACAAGAAGGAUUUCCUAUUAAGAAGUUUAAAAAUGAUAAGACAAGGUUUGUUGCUGUUUGUAAAGAUAAUGGAUGUGGAUGGAGCAUUCAUGCUUUCCUAUACGGUGACGGAAUAACAUUUAAGAUCAAACAGUUAGGUGGAUCGCACACAUGCAUUAAAAGCAUGAAAGGUUGUGGAGCAAGUUCGAGAUGGAUUGCUAAACUAUUUGAGUCAGAUUUUAGAGCCGACUAUGGCAUGUCUAUCGAUAAAUUUUAUGUUUCAUUAAAAGAGAAGCAUGGCCUUGAUGUUAACACUCAAAAAUUGAUCAGGGCUAUCAAAAUUGUUAAAGAAUUAGUGGCUAGAGAUCAUGCAAAAAGUUAUGCCAAAAUACCACAAUAUAUAGCUAUCCUGAAAGAGACUAAUGCAGGUGUCGAUGCUUGUUUAUUAAAGGGUCCAUUUAAGGGCCAACUGCUUGUUGCCGUUUCACUUGAUGCAAACUCAGGUUUUGUUAAGCUGUCUGCUGGUGCAUUCUAG